AUGUCUUCCCGCCUUCUUCAUCCAGACGAGUACGAGCUCGCGUCACGCUCCUCGGUCGACUCCGAUGGGACCUUCAAUCUAGACGAGGCCGAUUUCGAGGCUCAAGUGCCUCCUUUCUCCAGGAUCAGCAGAGUCGCACCUGGCCGAUUCGCUUGGUUACGCCGCAUCCUGUCAACUCCUUUCGGUGGCUAUCGCCGCAUAAAAACCAAUUCUCGACCUGUCUUGACAUCCUCGUCACGCCCAUGCCUACCGCGCAUCUUCUUUCGUCGCCGGUGCUGCUACCUUCAUGUUGUCUUCGGGAUUGUUCUCGCUCUCGUCGUCUUGACCUCCAUCGUCCGCCCAUCCUAUACGAGUCCUCCUGCACACUACGCCACUCUUCGUGCAUCUGCACGGGGUACGAACCAUGCCGGCCGUGGAAAUCCCCGCAACGAGAAGGUUUUCAUCGCCGCCAGCCUAUACGACCGGGGUGGCGAGCUCGCCGGAGGACGAUGGGGAAUUCAACUGCUACAGUUGAUUGAUAUGAUUGGCGACCAGAACGUGUUUGUCAGUAUUUACGAAAACGAUAGCGGUGCGGAUGGGGAAAGUGCACUCCGUGAAUUAGAGAGGCAGAUUACUAGUCGAAAGGACAUUGUGUUCGAGGAACACCUGGAUCCCAAAAGUCUACCGACAGUGACCAUCCCUGGCGGCGAUCAACGCGUCAAGCGCAUCGAGUAUCUGGCGCAGGUCCGAAACAAAGCCUUGAAACCUCUCACCGACGACCCUAAUACUCGUUACGACAAAAUUCUCUACCUGAACGAUAUCCUCUUCGAUCCCGUCGAUGUCUUGCAAUUACUUUUCUCGACCAAUGCCAAUGAGGAUGGCGUAGCCCAGUAUCGGGCUGCUUGUGCUGUCGACUUUGACAAUCCCUUCAAGUUUUACGAUACAUAUGCCACCCGAGACCUUCAAGGAUAUAGCAUGGGUCUUCCAUUCUACCCAUGGUUUUCAACAGCCGGUAAUGGUGAAAGUCGAAGAGAUGUUCUGCAAGGGAAGGACGCCGUGCGCGUUCGGAGCUGUUGGGGCGGUAUGGUCGCGUUCGACGCAAAAUACUUCCAAACUCCCCUGCCCGAGAGCACAUCACCAGCUCGCUUCCGAUCUGGUGCCGAUUUGUUCUGGGAGGCAUCUGAGUGCUGCUUAAUCCACGCCGACAUUCAAGACCCUCAGACCAACGUGGAUGCCAUUACGGAUACAGGAAUUUACAUGAACCCCUUUGUCCGGGUCGCAUAUGAUGCCCGCACACUCUCUUGGCUCGGCGUGACGAGGCGGUUCGAGAAACUGUAUUCUUUCCUCCAUAAUCUUGGUAACCACAUUGUUGGUCUUCCCUGGCAUAACCCUCGGCGCACCGAAGGCCCGGGACAGAGCGUGCAAGACACCGUGUGGAUCCCCGACGUCGCCCAGGAUGGCGGCGGGUCAUUCCAAGUAGUUGACCGCAUUGCUGGCAAUGAUGGAUACUGUGGUCGUCGGGGCUUGCAGGUCAUCGUGGAGGACCGACAGCCUGGACAGAAAGGGUUUGAGAACAUUCCUGUGCCAUCGAUCUAA